AUGGGCAAGGUCUCAUUCAACCUCCCCAUCAAUGGCGGCCGCGGUCAACCCAACGAGACCGAGGAGCAACGCCUCAAGCCUCACCUCCUCGAGGACGACGACCUCCCCGAUUACACCAAGUUCCCUUUCAGCACCUUCUUCCCUGAGGACCAGAAGAGCAAGAACAAGAGCGAAGACCCCGUGCUCGACAAGUCUUCUCCCCAAUACCGAGAGCGUGUAACGAAGACACUCGACGCCCUUCAGGAUGAGUACCAAAAGACCUAUGAGCGGUACAAGGACGCCAACAGCAAGGUCCUCGCCGCCAGGGAGGAGCGGGAUCAACUGCUCUGGAACAUGGCCGUCCUCAACAUCAGCAACGUCGCUGAGCAAUUCGAUUCCGACCUAGACUCGAUCCACGAAGACGUCGCCAAGAUCCAACGCGAGGUGCGUGACCAGAACAAGCCCACCAACGAGACCGCGUACCAGAAGCUAUUGAUCGGCCGGGAUCUCGCUCGGCGUUGCGUCUACAGGACUGAGAUUGCUCUGGAGGCUGGCAUGCGGGAGCUCGCGCGGCUGGAUGGUGUCGACUCUGACAGGUUCCGACAGCUUCGCGCUGACGGUGUGUUUGUGGAAGACAGCCGGGGUUAA